AAUUCAACGGUAAAAAGCCCUUAUUGAUUGUGAAUUAAAGUUUCAAAAUGGUAGGAGGAAAACUGGGGGAAUCUUACGGAAAUAAAGCAGCGGCCAAGCCGCUGCAAUGGUGGCGACCGGCGAUGACGACGGUGGCUUUCGGCAGCAGCUCCGGCGAUGGUGUGAAAUUUCCGGCGAACACCACAGCUUGCUCCAGCGACUUCACACCAAAUUGACAGCACCACUGCGCUCUCCUCACUUAGAGCAACAGAAUAAGAAGAAAUAUUGUGAGAAAUGUACCUUCCUCUCAGCCGCAGCACUAUCUUCGGCGGCAGCACCUUCAUGUCUCUCAGCAGCAUCUCCUUCUUCAGCCCCAACAUCUUCUUUGGCAGUCACCAUGGCUCCCACAACAGCUGAUCCGAUGGAUCACCUCCCCACUGGCCUCAAGCUAUUCGUACGGAAUCUCCAAUCUCUUACUCCGGCGAAACUUGAUGAUUCAAACUAUCCCUCUUGGUCAGCAACUAUUCGCGCUAAUCUUAUGGCUCAUCGUCUUCUCGGUUACGUGGAUGGAACGGAACCGGCACCUCCCUCUCUUCUCCUUGACGAAAAAGCUGUUACCUCCGGCAAGGAAGAUCCACCCGUCAUGAAGGCAAAUCCAGCCUAUGAGACGUGGCUGAUUGUCGAUGCCCAGAUCCGUGCAUGUUUAUUGGCCAUCGUCUCCCACACUGUUCAAACGCACAUCCAUUCUCUUCCCACGUCUGCAGCUAUAUGGACUCACCUUGAGCAACGGCACCAACUCUAUAACUACUGCGGGAGGACUUUACGAUUCGGGACAACCGUACCAAUCAAGUGCUAUUCAAGGGCCCUUGUGAGCGUGGGUGGAACGAAAAGAGAGGGCAGCUCCAUGCAAAAAGCUAUUGUAGUUGUUCCGUUUGCUAUGAUAAUUUCAAAUGCCUAUUCCUUGCUCGUGGCAAAUCUCGCCAUCUUCUUGCACGUACGUGCAGAGGCCGACAACCUCAAUGAAGAAGACACGGCAACCACAGGCUACCUCAGUUUCACUCUUGAAUCAAUAUUACAAGAGUAUUUCAAGGCCAGUGAUAUUAAGGGCUUUUUAAUAUCCGGUGCAAUGUCGGGGACGAAACGGAUUCUUAGAAGCAAUGGGAAUGAAACAGAGAAGACAAAGAAACCUGUGGGAACAUUGUCGCUUGAAAAUGGAAAAGGUGGAGGUAGUUACCAGAGUACUGUUCAUCUUCUUCAACAUUUGACACAGCAGGGCUCAUCCUAAUGGAUUUUGAGUUUUGGGAUUUCUUUUAGAGGAGAGAUAACACUAGGAGGGAACUUUUGUUUUUUUUUUUGCUACUAAAGAUUGGUGACAUCU